GGAACCUACCUGAAUUUGUCCAAUAGAAACCAACUGUUUGUACUAAUGAUUACACCCCUGUUUUGGUUGCUAGUGAGAGACGCUGCAGAAACAGUACAGUAUGGACUGACACGCCGAAACCGUUAACUUUUGCAAAAUCAAGUACAUGUAUUCUUUAUAGGUGCAUUAGUCGGACAAAGUCAUAGCUAUGGCGCGAGACUGCACAACACGAAGUCUGGACAAUAUUGAUCUCUCUGCUUUGAGGGAUCCUGCCGGAAUAUUUGAGCUGGUAGAAGUGGUUGGAAAUGGAACAUAUGGGCAAGUCUACAAGGGGCGACAUGUGAAGACAGGACAGCUGGCUGCUAUCAAGGUCAUGGACGUGACAGAGGAAGAAGAAGAGGAAAUAAAGUUAGAGAUUAAUAUGUUGAAGACAUAUUCCCAUCAUAGGAAUAUAGCUACAUACUAUGGUGCCUUUGUGAAGAAGAGUCCUGCAGGUCAGGAUGACCAGCUCUGGCUGGUGAUGGAGUACUGUGGGGCGGGCUCAGUCACUGACCUAGUGAAGAAGACUAAAGGGAACUGCCUGAAAGAAGACUGGAUCGCCUACAUCUGCAGGGAGGUCCUCAGAGGCCUGUCUCACCUCCACUCACACCACGUCAUUCACAGAGACAUCAAAGGCCAGAACGUGCUGCUGACUGAGAACGCAGAGGUCAAGCUGGUUGACUUUGGGGUGAGUGCUCAGCUGGACAGGACGAUAGGGAAGAGGAACACCUUUAUUGGGACUCCGUACUGGAUGGCCCCUGAAGUCAUUGCUUGUGACGAGAACCCAGACUCUACUUACGACUACAGGAGUGACCUGUGGUCGCUGGGAAUCACAGCUCUGGAGAUGGCUGAAGGAGCACCACCCCUGUGUGACAUGCAUCCCAUGAGAGCCCUGUUCCUCAUUCCUCGCAACCCGCCCCCCAAGCUCAAAUCAAAGAAAUGGUCCAAAAAGUUCCUGACCUUUGUGGAGAGCUGUCUGGCAAAAAACUACCUCCACCGUCCCGCCACAGAAACCCUCCUGAGACACUCAUUCAUCAAAGACCUGCCCAACGAACGGCAGGUCCGCAUCAUGCUCAAAGACCACCUGGACAGAACCAGGAAGAAGAGAGACAAAGAGGGCCCGGAGUAUGAGUACAGCGGCAGUGAGGACGAGGAGGAGGAGAUGAAUGACGAGGAAGGUGAACCCAGCUCCAUAGUGAACCUGCCGGGGGAGUCCACUCUCAGGAGAGAGUUCCUGCGUCUGCAGCAGGAGAACAAAAGCCGGUCAGAAGCCCAGCGACAGCAGCAGGUCCUCCAGCAGCAGCUCCAGGACCAGGAGAGGUACAAACAGCAGCUGCUGGCCGAGAGGCAGAAGAGGAUCCAACAGCAGAAAGAGCAGCGCAGUAGGCUGGAGGAUCAACAAAGGAGGCAGCUGCAGGAUUCUGGGUUCCAAUGGCCAGAGCUACAGGAAAUGCUAUGGAGGGAGGAGACUGAAGCUAAUGACAGAGGUCUAUUCAAUGAGAGGAGCAAGAGAAGGGACAAGAAACAGCUGGAGGAUUGUGGCACACAGAGGAGUGAUGUCGGAGGAAGACCUGCAGGUCUUUUAAAUGAACAGAGGAGGACCGAGCCUCCACCUCUACUGCCUCAUCCUCAGCAGCAGCAGCAGGGUAAAAAGUUCCACCGCACGCUGCCCAAAGACCAAACGCAGCUGCUUUCGCUUCAGCACGACCACAGGCACAAACAGAGGGAGCCCCAGAAGGCUGCUAGUGCCACGCCUAACUGCCCAGCAAAUAGCCAGUGCAAAGCGAUGGAGAUGGAUAGGGGCAAGACAUCUGACAGCUAUCAGGUCAACCUGAACAGAGUGUUGGCUGGGCUGCCCCUUCCCAUACACCCCCUUCCUCUCCCCAUAAACAUCCAUACCAGACUGAGCUCCGGGAGCAGCUCCAGCCCCUGUACCCCUGCCAUGCAGAGGGCCGCCAUACAACAGAAUGCCAAUCUUCACUCCAGUCGAGACGCCCCUCACAGCAGCUCUAUGUCUGACAUGGCCACCACUCCCAUGUCUCCUAUGUUUGACGAUGUCUUCUGGGACUUCCAAAGCUCCAUGGAGUGCCCACCAAAGGUUCCGGAGCGUACAACAUCGAAAUUCUAUUGUAAAGAGCUGAUGAGUCAUCACCGGACUUCAUCAAGUGGGGGCCCUCAGUCUCCUGUGGAGAAGGGUGGGAAAUCCAUGUCAUCUCACGGAAGCUCCAGCAACAGCUCCCAGUCAGGUUACUUCAAGCUGGAGAGCCCUAUGCUGCAGAGCCGUCUUCAACAGUACAAGAAGUCUCAGGAGACUUCUCAAGCAGCCCUGCUGCAGCAAAGGGGUUCCGGCCACUUAUCUGGGGUCAAGUCCAAUCUCAUUCCGUUUGUCAAGGCAACAGAGUACUCCUCUUCCAGUGAUGAAGUCGGGAGUAGUGACGAUGAGGAGACAACCAGGUCUCCAUUGAGUAAUGGGAAGGGCAAGAUCUUCCGAGGAGCCCCCGAUGGGAUUGUCCUGCAGCCCCAUCAUAAUCUCAACCAGACCACGAGCAGCGUGGCAUCAGGCCUUAAGAGUGGCCAGCCACUACACAGGCCCAUGGCUGUAGGAUCAGAAUGCAAUGAGAAUUACCUUCUCCCUGAUCUUCUGCAGAAGAGCCCGGCCCAUGAGCACCUGGGGCAGCACGUACUGCAUGACGUCAUCUUCCCCCAGUCUCCGAGCGGACGAGGACCACACUUUGAGAAGCCUGUAAACAGUCCUCCAGGGAAAAGCAUCUCGUCCUCCUCCUCCUCCUUCACUCCCUUCAUUGACCCCAGGCUGCUGCAGAUCUCUCCCCCUCAGAGCCCAGUGGGCUAUAGUCCCACGAGUGGCAAGCCUCUCGCUAAUCAGGAGCCAAUCAGGAGAGAGGGGCACAGGAAGGGCUCCGUGGUUAACGUGAACCCCACCAACAUCAGACCCCAAAGCGACACCCCCGAGAUCCGGAAGUACAAGAAGAAGUUCAACACCGAGAUCCUCUGUGCUGGACUGUGGGGUGUGAACCUGCUGGUGGGGACAGAGAAUGGUCUGUGGCUGCUGGACAGGAGCGGUCAGGGGAAGGUCUACUCUCUGAUCAGCAGGAGACGCUUCCAACAGAUGGACGUUCUGGAGGGCCUCAAUGUGCUCAUCACCAUCUCAGGUAAGAAGAACAAGCUGAGGUUGUACUACCUGUCGUGGCUACGGAACAAGAUCCUACGGAACGACCCAGAGGUGGAGAAAAGGCAGGGCUGGACCUCAGUAGGAGACCUGGAAGGAUGUGUGCACUACAAAGUUGUUCGAUAUGAGAAGAUUAAGUUCCUGGUGAUUGCCUUGAAGAAUGCUGUGGAGGUGUACGCAUGGGCUCCCAAGCCUUACCACAAGUUCAUGGCUUUCAAGUCGUUCGGCUCGCUCCCCCAGAGGCCUCUGUCUGUGGACCUGACGGUGGAGGAUGGACAAAGACUCAAGGUCAUCUACGGUUCCCUGUCGGGCUUCCACGCCAUCGACGUGGACUCGGGGACGCCCUACGACCUCUACUUGCCAACGCACAUCCAGGGUGUGAUCCGGCCCCAUGCCAUCAUCAUCCUACCCAACAGCAGUGGCAUGGAGGUUCUGGUGUGUUAUGAAGACGAGGGGGUCUACAUAGACACCUAUGGACGCAUCACCAAGGAAACAGUGCUGCAGUGGGGAGAGAUGCCUGCAUCUGUCGCAUACUUGCAGUCCAACCAGGUGAUGGGCUGGGGAGACAAAGCCAUCGAGCUGAGGUCAGCUAACACAGGCAACCUUGAGGGAGUCUUCAUGCACAAGAAGGCCCAGAAACUCAAAUUCCUGUGUGAGAGGAAUGACAAGGUGUUCUUUGCCUCAGUGCAGUCAGGUGGCAGCAGCCAGAUCUACUUCAUGACACUGGGCCAAAACUCUCUGUUCAACUGGUGAGCUCUGGGGCUUGAAAACAACAAACAUUCAUACAGGGAUCAUCUCAGAAACAACAUGAAUUAUGCUCAGAUACAGUCCUCUUAAAAACUGAAGUUACACUUUAGUAGUACAGCUACAAAACCCCAUGCAUAUGAGGAUACACCAUUAGCAAUCAGCAUUAAUUUAUUAUUUGUGUGGCUUAGGCCAACACAUUGGUUUUAUGCUGGUUAUUUCAAGUCUCUAGCUCUAGUAGUGAAUAUUGCGCCUUAAUAGCCAUACACAGGGCUUUUUCUUUAUGUUUUGAAAUACAUCGGCAACCUACAUUUAAAUUCAUAUUGAUCUCAAUAUCACAUGGACUUAAAAGCACAAUUGCUUCUUUGUUUAUAUCCGAAAUGCAUCAACACGUUUUUUAUUAAGUGAUUGUUGGUAUAUUCAUCACUGUAUUAUUAGCAAGUGCCAUUGUUGGUGUUAAAUCCUAUUUACCAUCCAGUAUUAUUUGCAAGUAUUGUGUGCUUUUAAAGUUGCACGUCAGGAAAUUAAAAUCAAAUGUUGUUACUCCAAAGGGAGUGACAAAACAUAAGUCCCUUAAUAAUGAAGAGUGCAUUAGAAAGAAUACAGAUCAGUGGGCUAGUCAUCGUUUUUAAAUGUAGACACUGAUACUGCAAAUGGCUUGUCCUUAUUUCUCACUAUUAAGUCAAUUUACUGCCCUUGCAAUUCCAAUGGGUAUACUUAGUUUUACGGUCUCCACUUUCUAGUCGUAAUUUAGAUGACGAAAUAGGCAUUAUAUACCCUGUUGCAUCUCUUGAUAUAGAACAGAUCAUGUUUUGCAUUAAGUCGUUUUAAAGAGGAAGAAGAAAAGGAUCAGGAUGUUGACCUCGUGCUAUAUAGGUAUUUUUGUACGUAAGUGGAUGUACAUAUUAUUUGCACUGUUUUCUAGAUAUUUUAUAUCCACUGGUCAUCUCUAUGUACAGGUUAAUGGAUUUGCAAAUGAUCUAGCCCUUUGCACUAUGACCACUUUUGUAAAUGUUCAAUGUAAAAUGCUUUAUUGUCACUGUGUAAUACAUUUGAAGUCCUUUUGAAGUCCUUUAUUUACAACAAUUUGAUAGCAUCACAUUAAACAGAGAUUGCAUCUGAUUUAGAUCAAGCUAAAUCUUGUAUUUAAUAUGUCAUGGUCUAAAAAAUGAUGUUAUAACAGCAAUAGGCUUUCAACUCUUUAAAUGAUAAAAUAUAUACUCUUUUGUAUAAAAAAAAAAAAAAAAUGUUUGUUAAAGGACAUUGAAAUAAUUGAUCUGUACCACAAAUGUGAAAUGUAAACUCAAAUCAAUUAUAUAUUUUUUUUCAGUGUUAUUUUGUUUUGCUUUUUUGCCACCAAAUGGAGCUCAACAUUUUCGUUUCAAAUCCAGUUUGGACAAUUAUAGUUACUUUAUCUUCAUGAAAGAAAUACUGCAGCUGGUUCUGUAUUUUCAACUGAAAAGGAACUUUUUCAAGGGACAGUUUGAUAUGAUGUUGUUAUUUUGUUGUUACCAAAAAGCAUCUCAUAUUUUUAUGUGAGCAUUCACUCAUGAGGUGUAUUCAACUGACAAUAUAUUUAGAUUAGAAGGAAUAGUCAGUUAGGUACUCAGUUUCACAUAGCAAUUAUUUGAACGUAUAUUUACCCUAUAAUGAUUUCCAUGAAGUUUCCAUGAACUAAUGCUUUCAUUGUCAUUGGUCUAAUUCUCAGAUUUUUAGUUAAGAGAUUUGUAGUUAAGGCAAAGUGGUAAGGAAUCAAUCAAAUUGAGUUUUGACUAAAUGUUUUUAUUAAUAGAUCGGUUUUAAUGAAGUAUCUUUGAAAAUAGUAACAGAGCAUCUCAUUCAUUUGGCAUGUAUGAUGCAAAUGUUAUAAUUUGUCAAUUUCAAAUAAGAGAUUGAAUGGGUAGAUUUAAACCAUUUAAACUUUUUAUCCUGAACUUACAUUUGAACAAGCUUUUCCUGUUUUUUUAUGCCUAAGUAGAACUUGUGACAGUGAGUCACUAUAUUGUCCAUUUGUAAACAGUUGGUAAUUAUUUCUAUAAAAAACAGGGAUUUUAAGCAAAAGUUGUGAUAUCAGACAUUUUACUGAGUUAAAUAAUUGUUUUUUCAACUGACAGUUAUAUUGCAGUUGAGGAUUGUGAGUCAUAGCACUCACUGUGUCAUUUCCCCUCCUAUCCACCCCCAUAUUUCAGGAAGUGCUCUUGUAUGAAAUCAUGGGUUUGCUUGUCCUAUUGAGAGGUGUGUGCUGUAGGAAGGACUGAGGAGGUUGAUGAUGGUUUGUGUCAGGUGUGUGUCGUGUAGCUGUGAAGAUUCCUCUCUGCUUUAUAUGAUGCAGAGCAAAUUGAGUUUUUGUUCUCGGGAAUUUGAGUAAGAUGGAAAAAGAAUUCCGAAAGGUUUUUGAUGUUGAGUGUAGUUGACGGUUAUAUGAGAUUUUAUUGAAUAGACUGGUAGACCAAUCAGUCUUGAUCCAUUUUUCCCCUACAAAAUAUAUAUAUAUAUAGUGUAUAAAAAAACAAUUAGAAUAAAGUUGACCACUUUAUAUUGAUAAAUAUCCACAAAAUAUAUUGUUUCCUUACCUGUUAUUUUUCCAUUUUGUUUUUGAAAUUGUGUUGCAAUAUCAUUUGUAUUUUAUUUUGUCCUUUCUUUUGUCUUACUUUUGCUUUAUUUUUGCACUGGAACGUUCUUAUCAUUUUACAGCAUGUACUGUAUACUCAACUCGUGAAAUUAAUUAGUAACACUAAUUGAGGUGUUAUUGUAUAAAAAAACUGUUGAACAAUAAAAGAUGUAGACAAAU